AUGGCGGGUAAUAAAGAGCGUCCGGUGAUAGAGGCUGCAAGGCCCAAUCUGGCUCUUAUGACUCAGGCGAUUGUAAAGCCUGAUAUCACGGGAGAUGGGGAACCACGAAGAGCACUUAAACAAAAGGCAACAUGUGUGAUCGAGCUUGAUGAUUUCUCAGCAAUGAGGGAAGAUAUAGCUAGAUUAGCAAAUCAGAUGAAUAAAAUGACAAUGCACCAUGCACAAAAGAUGCAACAUGUGCAACAGAUGUCUACUUGUUGCGAGUUAUGUGGUGAAGGUCACACAAGUAACAUAUGCCCGGUGAAUCCUGAAUCCAUCUACUACGUGGGGCAACAAGCUAGAGGGCCGAUGAAUCAAAAUGCUCAAUAUGGUAACACAUACAAUCCGAACUGGAGGAAUCAUCUUAACUUCUCUUGGAGUGGAAAUCAAAAUAUCAUACCUCAAGUGAAUUACAAUCAUCCACCUCAACCUCCACACCAAGCAGAAGAGAUUCUGACUGACAUGAUAAAAAAGCUCUUGAUAGACAAUCAGAAAGUUAUGGCUGAGAAUCAACAAGUCAGGGCAGAGAGUCAACAAGUCAGGACUGAGAAUCAACAAUUGCGCACAGAGUUCAGAAAACUAGGGAGGCAGUUUGGGCAGAUGGCUAACAAUCAGAAUACUAGACCUGCUGGAGCACUCCCAAGUGAUACAGAGAAAAAUCCUCAAGUCAAUGCAGUGACGUUGAGAAAUAGGAGAGAGUUGGUAGAAGUGCCUAAGAAGAAAAAUGAGCAAUCUAGGCUCGAAGAAGAAAGAGUGCCAAAACCUGUAGAGGUAGAUGAGAGAAACAAAAUAGAGCCUGAGCAAAAAUCAGAGAGGGUGCCACCCCCUUUUCCUCAAAGAUUGAGAAAGAAGAAUGAUGACCACAUGUUUCACAAAUUCCUAGAUAUGCUGAAGCAGAUACAUUUGAACAUCCAUUUGGUGGACAUGCUCCGUGAGUGCACUUCCAGGAUUCAACAUAAGCUUCCACAAAAACUUAAGGAUCCGGUUAGUUUUACCAUCCCCGUGAGGAUUGGUGAAUUUGAUGUGGGUAGAGCCUUGUGUGAUUUGGGUGUAAGUAUCAAUUUGAUGCUGUUGUCAGUGUUCAAACAACUGGGCUUAGGAGCUCCGAGACCCACCACGGUGAUGCUACAGUUAGUUGAUAGAUCUUAUGUUUAUCCUGGGGGGCUAAUUGAGGACGUCCUGCUGCAGAUUGGGAAGUUUAUUUUUUCUGCAGAUUUUAUCAUCCUAGAUUACGUGGCUGAUGAGUUAGUUCCUAUCAUCUUGGGACGACCUCUUUUGGCCACUGGAGAUGCAAUUAUCAAAGUCCGAGAAAGUAAGAUGAUCCUGAGGGUGGACAAUGAAGAAGCAGCCUUCAAUGUAUAUCGAGCCAUUCAGUUGCCUCGUCAUUACGAGGACCUGACCAUGAUUUCGGUGGUGGAGAUAAAUGAACUAGCCGUAGAGCCAAGGGCGUUUAAAGAAGAUGCACUAGAAAAGGCAUUGGCAUUGUUCAAUCACUUGGAACUUGAAGAAGAGGUUGAGGAGAUGUUGCACAUUCUGGAUGCAUCGUGCGAAUACAUAAGAGAAAGAACCCAAUUUGAGCCUCUGGAUAGGCCAAUCGUCCCGCCUCCUAAACCCUCAGUUGAGGAGGCCCCAAAAUUGGAACUUAAACCCUUACCAUCUUAUCUUCAUUAUGCAUAUUUAGGAAAUUCUAACACUUUACCUGUGAUUAUUUCUUCUCAUUUGUCUGAAUUGUAG